AUGUGGGCCUUCUUGACUUCAUUAUUCAAAUAUUUUUACGAAAAAGACGAUGAAGGUGAAGAUGUUAGGGAGAAAUUUCUGACUGAUCAGUUGAUUGAUUUGAAGCUUCAAGCAGAAAGUGAAGAAUUCUAUAAUGAUAAUACACUAGUCCCAGAUGUUGUACCAAAAGAUAUGGUGUGUUUUGAAAAGUCAGGAGUUAUUACAUUGUGUGGUGAAGAUUAUAUUCUCAUAGACGGUGUAACAUAUUAUGAUACAACUUCAUGUCUGCAUAAUCUCAAUAUAAAUGAUAAAAUUCUAUACCUUGCCUAUACUGAUAACAAUGACAAAUUGCGGGUAGUUAGAAUAUUAGAGAAUCAAGGUCAAUGCUGGGGAGACGAAGAAUGGCUGGAUGAAAAAUCCUUUAAUGUAGUUCAUCAUUUAUUUGUUGGGCAAGUUGAGUAUAGAAAAGAACGUUAUGUACACAUAAAGGGUGGUGAUUUGAAAUUUAGUCUCGAUGAUGUUGAAGGAAGUUUUAUACCGAUUGAAGGAGAUUGGUUAGAAAUGAAAUGUACAGUGCAACAAAACCAUGAGAAGUUAAUGGAUAUUACCAUGAAUGAGAUACUAGAAGUACUAUCCUUUGGUCCAGUUAGAAGAAAAAUGAAGACAGCUGUUGUGACAGAUUGGUCUGGUUCCCAUGGGAUACUUGAUAGACAAAUUUAUUAUAACACCAGUACCUGUGUUGAUACUGUCAUGCCUCACGUUGGAGCUAAAGUAAUGGUUGAAGCAAUAGAAAGUGACCAAGGCAAAUAUUCCUGGAGAGCAAUCAAGUUAAUAAUACUAGAUAAUACAACCACUACAUUCAGAAAGAAAUUUGACCCAAGUUGA